UGAGAUUCUGCGCUCCUCGGUCGUGUUCUCCCUCACCAGUUCGAGGGAGACCACGCAAUACGUCAACAUUUGGCAUCCAGUCCGACUCCGACUCAGAAGAAUACGACUCUGAGCUUGAUUCAAGCCAUGAUUCGGACGAUAAUGACGAUACAGUGUCGAUAGCGAGCUCGUCAUCGUCGAGCGAGUUUGCUCUUGUGUCAGAGGUCAACAAGAUGUCGAUGCGACCGAGACACAUAUCGCGGACGCCUAUGGAGGAACGACAGAUCGAAGAAACUGUGGCGGCGAUACGACUACGGACGCGGUAUCACGAUCCUUACGAGCAAUGGGAGAAAGAGACGCGUAAAGACGCCUUUGAAACUGCUCGUAGGGAUUUUGCCACUACUCAAACGCGCCUCCUUGACGAGCAAGAGAAGAAGAGGGCUCUCGAGGAGAAGCUGUUAGCCGCUCGAUAUGCAGAGGCAUCUGCCGACGUGGUCAAACGGCUGAAUAUGCUCAAGCAGCAGCAACAGUUUGAAAUGAACAAGAUGCGCGACGGCUGGAAGGCUCGUGAUCGGGAAUUGUGGAAGAGAAUCGAGGAUGUUAUCAAGAUGGAGGAGGAGAAGGCUGCGAAGGCAGCAGAGGAGGAGCGGAGGAGGCAGGAGGAGGAAGAACGGUUAAGGAAGGAGGCUGAGCUGAAGAAGCGGCUGGCAGAGGAGAAGAAGUUGCAAGAGGAGACGGCGAGGCGGAAGGCGGAAGAGGAGAAGAAGAAACAGGAGGAGGAGCAGGCGAGGAAGGAAAAGGAGGAAGACGAUAAGAGGAAACAGCUAGAAGAGGAGAAGAAGCGUCGUUUGGUGGAGGAAGAGGAGCUCAGGAGGACGCUGCACUUCAACACAGCAGAUGACGACUGGAGAGUAGCUCGAGAAAACCUGUUGGAACUUAAAAGCACCUCCAUUCGGAUCGUGAAGAGCAACAAGGAGAUGAAGACUGAGUGGGGGAAACUUCGUCGCCAGAUUGUGCCAAAGGUUGGACAACUGACGAACGAUGCAGAAUCUAUCAACCGAAUAGCUCAACAACUUGUCGACAUUGUCCGACCGUCAGGCCGACCACCUCAUCAUCCGGACAUCUACAUUGCCGCCUGCUAUUCCCUCGCCAAAGCCAUCCUCCUGCAAGCCGAGACAGAAGUGACUGCCGAGAAGCGAAGCGCCAUCCCGCUUGCCCAAGUUGCCUUUAACCUCCUCACGACCCUCGAACACUUCCCUUCCAUUUUCUUCGCCAAACUCGUGCAGCGCUGCGGUGGGUGGCCCGUACCCCUGGUCAUCCCGCAACAAGACAUCGACAGUAAACCCUGGCCGUCACAGGAGCUCUACCGCAAGGCCUCUGGUUGGCGGAAGAGUGAAAACAGCGAGGGCGUCGAGGGCCUCCUGGAGUACUCGAACCGUGUCUCGUCAGUGAUGCGGGUCUACUUCCAUAUCCUGAAGAUUCGCCCCGUGCAGGGCCCGCUGGACCCUAUGUUCCAGCUGCCCAAGUUCUGGUCGUGGUUUGCCCGUGUGAUAAGUGACACAAGACUGCUGCAGGAUGCCGUCGCUCCUCAGUUGAUAUACAGUGGUUUGGACGUGCUUGGGCUUGAUGCGAAGGAUGUGUGGGGCCAGCAGUGGCUGAAAGUCCUUGGCCUACUCUAUGAAGGCAUCACGACAGGAUACGAACCGGGCAAGCUCAUUGGAGGCGAGUCGGCGGAAGGAGCUGCGGCUCGCACACGUGUCAUGGUUGCCCUCGAGGACAUCGUCAAAGGUGCUCAGUCCUCAUAGU